CACUCUGUAGUCACUGCCUGAAGCAGUAAUCAGACAACUGUCCUUCUCACUCUGACUCGGGCUCUUGAGAUACCAGUUAGUGUGUGUAUCGGGGCUCCAUGAGUUCUAACACUUAAAAUGAAAAAGAAAAAGUUGUCUUGUAGCCGGUAAUUUGUUGCGUUACAGGUUCUACCAACUCUUUAAGAACUUAAUUUUGCUAACAUUUCUUCUUGUUGUUCUGGACUGGACUGGACAGACUUGGCUGUAGAAUAUUAUAAAGAAACGUAAAGGAAGGGUUACCAGAAAAAGUACAAGGAUUCCACCAAUAUUGGGGCAGGUGGAAAGAGAAAAAAAAACAGAGAGAGAGAGAGAGGCAGCCUGGUUCAGAUGAUUCCCGGCCGCUACGUCUUUCCAGGUCUAUGGACAUGCAGGAUCUAGCCAGUCCUCACAGCCGUGAAUCCCCUAAUGGUCCCAGCCUCGACAACUCCCAUAUCAAUACCAAUUCCAUGACCCCCAAUGGCACUGAAGGUGAUAACAUCACAAUGCUCACCACAGCUGACUGGUUGUUAAGCACUAGCUCACAGUCGGCUGCAGUUAAAACAGAACCAAUGAGCAGCAGUGACAUCACCUCCCCAGUAGCCGACGCCUCCCUAGACAGCUUCUCAGGAUCAGUUAUUGGAACCAGUGGCUUCAGCCCAAGACAAACACACCAGUUCUCCUCUCAGAUUUACCCUUCCAACAGAUCGUAUCCACAUAUUCUUCCUACUCCUUCAUCCCAAAAUAUGGCUGCGUAUGGUCAGACACAGUACACCACAGGAAUGCAGCAGGCCGCAGCCUAUGCUAGCUACCCCCAGCCUGGACAACCCUACGGGAUACCUGCCUAUGGUCCAUUAUGGGCAGGCAUAAAGACAGAGGGCGGACUGAGCCAGUCCCAAUCCCCAGGACAGGCAGGCUUCCUCAGCUACAGCUCUGGUUUCAGCACCCCUCCGACGGGCCAGGCUCCAUACAGCUAUCAGAUGCCAGGCGGGACGUUCACAACCACGUCAGGACUGUACGCAGGAAGCAACUCCCUCACAAACUCAACUGGCUUCAAUAGUACACAACAGGACUACCCGAGCUACCCAGCGUUCGGCCAGGGCCAGUACGCCCAGUAUUACAACAGUUCUCCCUACACCUCCCCCUAUAUGACCAGCAACAACACCAGUCCCACCACCCCCUCCACCACAGCCACCUACACCCUCCAGGAGCCCCCCAGCGCCCUGACCAGCCAGGCCCUCACAGACCCCCCAGCAGGUAGGCCCCAGGCCCCCCAGGCAACCCACCCUCCGUCUCCAGGAUCAGACGGCUCUGGAGGGGGUGGCUAUGAUGCCAGGGCCACUCAUUAUGUCGAGUACAGUACCAUCCACAGUCCUUCAACGCCCAUUAAAGAUUCAGAAUCGGAUCGAUUGCGGCGUGCUUCGGAUGGAAAGUCACGUGGCCGAGGGAGAAGGAACAACAACCCUUCACCACCGCCUGAUUCUGACCUUGAGAGAGUGUUCAUCUGGGACUUGGAUGAGACCAUCAUCGUUUUCCAUUCGUUGCUCACAGGGUCUUACGCUAACAGAUACGGCCGGGAUCCCCCGACGUCUGUGUCACUGGGACUGAGGAUGGAAGAGAUGAUCUUUAACUUGGCAGACACGCACUUAUUCUUCAACGACUUGGAGGAGUGUGACCAGGUUCACAUCGACGACGUCUCAUCUGAUGACAACGGUCAGGAUCUGAGUACGUAUAACUUUGGCUCGGAUGGGUUUCACGCGGCUGCAACCAGUGCCAACCUGUGCCUGGCCACGGGCGUGAGAGGAGGGGUGGACUGGAUGAGAAAACUGGCCUUCCGCUACAGACGAGUAAAAGAAAUCUACACCACCUACAAAAAUAACGUUGGAGGUCUGCUGGGCCCAGCCAAACGAGAAGCCUGGUUACAAUUGAGAGCAGAAAUUGAAGCUUUGACUGACUCCUGGUUAACACUGGCACUGAAAGCACUCACAUUAAUCCACUCAAGGUCAAACUGUGUGAAUAUACUGGUGACCACUACCCAGCUCAUACCUGCCCUGGCUAAAGUCCUGCUGUACGGACUGGGGAUAGUGUUUCCUAUUGACAAUAUUUAUAGUGCUACCAAAAUAGGGAAGGAGAGCUGUUUUGAGAGAGUAAUUCAGAGAUUCGGGAGGAAAGUUGUUUACGUCGUCGUGGGAGACGGAGUGGAAGAGGAACAAGGCUCAAAAAAGCACAACAUGCCCUUCUGGAGGAUCUCCAGCCACUCUGACCUCAUGGCCCUCCACCAUGCUCUGGACCUAGAGUACUUGUAGCUACCGCCUGGAACUACACCGCCCAGCCCCGAAACUGGCCCCUACAUCAACCUACUGGCCCCUACCGGCCCCUACAUCAACCUACUGGCCCCUACUGGCCCCUACAUCAACCUACUGGCCCCUACUGGCCCUACCGGCUCCUACAUCAACCUACUGGCCCCUACUGGCCCCUACAUCAACC